AUGUACUAUUACAUUUUUGCUGACAAUAUCGUUCCAUUGUCUCAGGCCGCUGAUAAGAUUCCUCGUUUAUCUAUUGGUGAAAUUGAAGGGACUGGAGCAUUUAUUGAAGAUAAACUGUCGAGUGAACUGAAAAAGGAUGAAUUAUCUGAUGAGGACUAUGAAAUAAUUGAAACUGAUCAAUUUACCAUACCAAAAGAAUUAAUGACAAUUUCUGCAAAAGAAGCUGAUUCUUCUUCGCCACUUGAUAAAGCUUCAAGAUGGUUAAGUCUUUAUAAAGAAGAACCAGAGAGUAGCAAAAAAGGCAAAAAGUUGAAAUUAAAGCGUAAAUUAAACAAUGUUGAUAGAGUGAAAAGGAAACAGGUGUAUAGAAGACCUCAUCUAAGCAGUCGAACUUUCUUACCAAUAUCUAAAGCUGCAGCAGAUGAAUUAGCUGGUGAAUCAUCUGAAAGUGAGAUAGGAUCAACUAGUGAAAUAUCUGUCCAACGAGAUCCAGUUGUCAUUCAAUGGGAUAAAAGUGUUAAAGAAGAGAGAAAAAGGAGAAUGUGA